CAGCCAGCCCACACGGUGUCUCCUUGAAACAAUUCCCCCGACAACACACUUGGGUUCCGCUAGGAGAUACGAAAACAAAAGAUUAGGUUUGAUGUUGCACUGGCAUUUUUUUCUUCUUUAACAAGAUAAACGCUACUUUAAAACACUGGGCUGUUUUUGAAACCCAGUUUGUACGUAAAUCACUGAACAAUGCAAUGGACACUGGCGAAGAGCUGCAGGAAUCGCCGAUGAUUCACGGAAAGGAGCCGCCCAGGCCGCGAAUCGACAGGGCUGAGACCCCCGCAAGCAGCAGCCAGACCCCGAGCGCUCCCCUAUCCCCGAUGGACCCUCUGAACACUCUGUCCAACUUCGACACGGAGAUGGAGCCGGACGGGCAGGGCAACUACUCGCUCUUUCCAGCCUUGGACAACAUCGCAAGUCUAUCCGGCGCCUCAGAGAGCCUGGAAACUGAACCACCAAGUGAUGUUGCUGACAAGCCAAAUCUCACAUGGCUUGAUGCUGCCCAGAUUGUCCUUGAGGAGGCAGGCCGGCCGAUGCACAUUAAAGAAAUCAAGCAGAGAAUUAUUGAUAGGGGCCUGGUGCAGUCAAAUGCCAAGUCAAGUCUGGAAGCUGUGAUGUAUCGCGAGACUCAGAAAGGGAGCAGGCGCUUCAAGAGGAUUGAGAACAGAAAUGGAGUCUUUGCACUGCUGAGCGAUGAAGAGAGGCAGCAGGUUUCGCGUUCAUUCUCCAGCCAGACUUUCCUGGGCCCCCCCGCCCAGGCCACCUUCUCCAGCUCCAGCUCCGGGACCUCGCUGCCCCCCUUUCCCUCUCCGCCGGGUCUCGCGGAGCCCAGGCCAAAAGCCAGGAAGGUCCAGCGCAAGACUCAGAAUGAAAAAUACCGGCUGAAGUACCUUAGGCUGCGUAAAGCUGCCCGCGCCAUGAUAUUUGAGAAUGUUGCUCUCUGUGAUGAAGUUGCUCAUCUGGAGGAAAAGUUUCUCAGAGCUAAAGAGGAACGAAGGUUUCUGUUGAAGACUCUUCUUCAGUACCAGUCUCUGCCAGAGGGGGAGCUGCUCUCCACGCCCAGUGCCACCUGUAACGCCACUGCGGCCUUCAGCGCCAGCUCUGCUGGGCUCCCUCUCCUGACAGGGGGGCUCUGCCUGGGGCCCAGCAGCUCUGGGACAGAUGAGGGCCUCCCUAAAAAGCCUAAGAAGGAACGGAAGGAGCGAGGCAGAGAGAAUGGAAGAGAGGAUGUCCUGAAAAAGGUGUCGAAGAAAAAGAAAGUUCUGGAAGGAGGGGUCCGUCGGCUGGUCCAACCCAUCGCCUUGGACUCCUGUGGGCGCCCAGUCUUCCCCAUUGUGCUGGGAGGGCUGACGGUUUACAGUCUGGGGGAGAUCAUCACCGACAGGCCUCACUUCCAUGACGAGAGCGCCAUCUACCCAGUGGGCUUCUGCAGCACACGUGUGUUUGCCAGCAUGAAGAGCCCAGAGCAGCAGUGCCUGUACACUUGUCAGAUCAAGGACGGGGGGGCAGGACCCCAGUUUGAGAUCGUUCCUGAGGAGGACCCCCAGAAUUCCAUCGUCGCCUCCUCUGCCCAAACUUGCCACGCCAACCUUCUGAAGGCAAUCACAGCCAUAAGUGGCAAACCUCUGUCCCCCAUCCAGCCGUCGGGGGCUGAAUUCUUUGGAUAUUCCCACCCCACCAUCCAGAACCUGAUCCAGAGCUGCCCAGGAGCACGCAAAUGCGGGCACUACCAGUGGGUACGUUUUGAAGUCUGCCGGCAUGGCAGUGGACAGCUGUCGCACAGCCCAUCUGAGGAUGAUGCAUCCAUCAACUUUGAGGCCUUCCAGAGGCAGCUAGGUCAUGAAAACAGCACGGCAACAGAGCACAGUGUGGGAGGCCGAGCGACACAGGCUACACUCCCAUCACACGCUCGUCUCCUUGGCUCUGCCACCCUACAGACCUCAGCAUCCCACUUCAGCAGUCCCUGAGUCCUGCAGCGGGCACCAGUUAACUCUUUCUUGGUCGUCUACGGAAGAAGCUUUACAGAGACUGCAAUUCAACCCACCUAUUGCUUCCUGAGGAUGUGAUGUGAAACUUGGCAUCUCUAUGUACCUUUAUCCUGGAUGGACCAAAUAUUCAUGAACCAAGAAUCAUCGCACUUAUUAGCGCUUCGUGUGGACAGUUAGCAGUGGUUUCCCUCUGUAUCCAGAACAGCUUACUGCUUUGCUUAUGUAAAUAAUGUAAAGCAAUAAGAUGACACUGCUCUUCUGUUAGGUAGGACCAUAGUGUUAAUGAAGUGGUUUUGUUUAUAGAUUGUAUCAUGGACAGAAAUAUAAAACGGUGGAAGGAACAGGGAUAUUAUUGAAUUAUGUUUCAAUAUUUUCAUUUAUAAUAAAAGUAAUACCCAAAUAA